AUGGCAGACGAUACGCGAGAAUCCGCGACACCCAACACAAGCCAGAACGUGGCCGAAUAUGACCUCCCACCGAAACCACAACCGAAAUACGACGUCCCAAAGUCACAAGUCGGGAAGCUAUGGGAUGCCUUUGGAAACCCGGAGGAGCCGGUGAAUAUGCUGCCGAACGCUGGAAAGACAGCCAAGGAUGCUUCGGUAACAGAAGCUAUGAAAUCAAUGUCGCUGAAAGAUGCGACCUCGUUCUAUAAAGCGCCGUGCGCGCGCGACUCUUUGCUCCUUGGAAUCGGAGCUGGGUUUGGGGUUGGCGGGGUGAGGGGUGUUCUUGGAGGACUACGCUCAAUAUGGACCGCAUGUAACUGGGCCGUCGGCGCAUUCGCUAUCACAUCCCUCGCAGCGCAUGAAUUCUGCCAGCGCCGGCGGAUACAAGAAUUGGAUGGAAUGAAGCAGGCCGUGGAAAUGAUGAAGGAACUGAAGCUGAAGAAGCAAAGGGAGAAGGAACAAGCAGCUGCGGAAGCUGCUCGUUUGGCGGAGGAGGAGAGGAAGCGCAAGAGCUGGACAAAUCUUGCAAACUACAAGUUCUGGUAG